UUGUCGAGUGUUGCUCAUUCUUUAUUUGUUUUUGUUGUCUGGUUUACGUUUGAUUUGCUUGAAGAGAUUUUGUUUCAAAUCAAGUUUUUAAUGGCGACAUAUUACGAAGAAACUGAUGAAAAACAUAGAAGGCCCUGCACUGGGGUUAAGCAAGAUCUUAUUAAUUGUCUUUUAGCAUCUGAUUGCGUCAGAAUCGAGAAACAAACUCCUAAACAGUGUUUGGUGUCUCGUCACCCAAGUGUUAGCGAAGAAUGUUACUCUUUGAGAACUUUAUAUUUUGAAUGUAAACGUUCUUUGUUAGAUGCAAGACAAAGAUUCCGUGGUCAUAAAGGCUAUUGAUUUUCCAGUGAAGUUAUGUUGAACAAAAAUUUCAAUUUAUGCUACAUGUAUGUAUGUAUUAGUAUUAAUUUGUAUUAAAUUGUUAUUAAUUGCUAA